GCGAAACGACUGCAGAAGCCACGUCCACAGUAGGAUCCACUGCUAUGUCUGAGAGCGAAAGGACUGCAGAAGCCACGUCCACAGCAGGACCCACUGCUAUGUCUGAGAUCGAAACGACUGCAGAAGCCACGUCCACAGCAGGACCCACUACAAUGACUGAGAGCGAAACAACUGCAGAAGCCACGUCCACAGCAGGACCCACUAUCAUGACUGAGAGCGAAACGACUGCAGAAGCCACGUCCACAGUAGGAUCCACUGCUAUGUCUGAGAGCGAAAGGACUGCAGAAGCCACGUCCACAGCAGGACCUACUGCUAUGUCUGAGAUCGAAACGACUGCAGAAGCCACGUCCACAGCAGGACCCACUACCAUGACUGAGAGCGAAACAACUGCAGAAGCCACGUCCACAGCAGGACCCACUAUCAUGACUGAGAGCGAAACGACUGCAGAAGCCACGUCCACAGUAGGAUCCACUGCUAUGUCUGAGAGCGAAAGGACUGCAGAAGCCACGUCCACAGCAGGACCCACUGCUAUGUCUGAGAUCGAAACGACUGCAGAAGCCACGUCCACAGCAGGACCCACUACCAUGACUGAGAGCGAAACAACUGCAGAAGCCACGUCCACAGCAGGACCCACUAUCAUGACUGAGAGCGAAACGACUGCAGAAGCCACGUCCACAGUAAGAUCCACUGCUAUGUCUAAGACCGAAACAACUGCAGAAGCCACGUUCACAGCAGAGCCUACUACUAUGUCUGAGAGCGAAAGGACUGCAGAAGCCACGUCCACAGCAGGACCCACUGCUAUGUCUGAGAUCGAAACGACUGCAGAAACCACGUCCACAGCAGGACCCACUAUCAUGACUGAGAGCGAAACAGAAGCCACGUCCACAGCAGAGCCUACUAAUAUGACUGAAAGGGAAAUGACUGCAGAAAUCACGCCUAGAGCAGAGCCUACUACUACGACUGAGACCGAAACGACUGCAGAAGUCGAGUUCGCAACAGUAACCGCAUUCAACGCAGAAGCAUCUAGCACGACUGAGAGUGCAUACAUUCCACAAAGGACAACGAAUGAGAUUACGACCGCAGCAAAGACUACAGCAGAAGCAGUAACCCAUGCAAAAACCCUAGAAAAGGUGGAAAGUGGCAUGCUCUCCGCAGAAAACUCAACUACUGAAGGUUCGUCUCAAACUGAGGAUGCAACUACAACAGGGAACACAACUAUCGCAGAAACUGAUGCUGGGACUGAAAGUGCGACCACUAUAGAAGGCACUGGCUCAGAUAAGAGAAGCGCAGUAGAACACAAUUUCACAACGGAGACUGUAAUUACUCCAAAAAGCAUUGUCACGUACGCGAACAUUGCCCGCGUUACAGAGAAGACGAUAACGCCAGAACUUACAACCGGUUCAUCACAGACUGUAGCUGAUUCCUUCCCAUCAUCCACGACUACCAUGCUAAUCACUAACACCACUGAAGCCACGACCACGACGGAAUCUACAACAUUAGGUAUCAUCACACAGCCGGGAAUGGAAUCAAUUGACUUCCUUAUGAUGGGUAUCAAUGAGAACUGGAGGACUGAGUUCACCUAUUGUGAGCGGGGCUUUCGAAAACGUAGACGUGCUCGCGUGGCAGCUCGGCGGAACUUCGAGAAUUUUAUGAAAGAAGCUGUAAUGGAUGCUGCCGGAAAGCUUUCAAUCGACCGCGACAAGGUUGAUGUAACAGUCCACUACAGUCCAAUCAAAUGUUGUAAUGCUACGAAAUUCACGUGUGGUCCAGCUGAUCCACCCGCCGGUGUAUUCGAAGACGAGGACAUAUUGCACUUGAAUGAAAACCGAGUCCAUGUUUAUGGGAGCAUCACGGUUAAAUCUUCUGCUACUCCCAUGACAGAAGAACGAUGGAAAUCACUCCUUCAAAAAGUUGCUGACCACCUCAAGAGCAAAUCUUCGACCUUUGCGUCAGUGUCCCUUGAAAUUUUGUAAUGUGCCUACAAUCAGUGCAUUCCGUUUCACCCAAUAAACUUU